UAGCUCGGUGGGUGGAAUCAUUUAAAUUCUAGGCAGCUCUCAGCCCCUGCUGCCUGUUGGCUAAAAUCCUCCAGCAGCAGCAUGAAGCUCGGAGCCUUGUUUCUCUUGGUGUCCCUUAUUGCCCUCAGCCUAGAGGUACAGGAGCUACAGGCUGCAGUGAGACCACUGCAACUUUUAGGCACCUGCGCUGAGCUCUGCAGAGGUGACUGGGACUGUGGACCUGGGGAGCAAUGUGUCAGCACUGGGUGCAGUCAUGUGUGUACUACAAACUAAGAACAGCUUCUACCUGGAAAAAAAUAAGUGCCUGUUUGGAGCUCUGUGACCAAGAAAGCAGUUGAAAAUGGAAGCCAUAAAUGGGGAUUACAAGAAGCACGGUGGGGAGGGACAAGGAGGUGUUUCUUUUAAUAAAUCAUCAUCAUAAAAGUCUCUACA